AUGUCUCUUCUCAGUUCCCACCUGGAGCAGAUUACACUCUCCUCCAAUGCUAUUGCCGAUUUGCCGUUCCCUUCCCCGCGGAUUUUCACUACUGCGCUGCUAGGAUCCCACGAUAUAACAGCCCUGAUCCGAGACACAGAAGCCCAUGAGCGGGCUCUUUUCCAAAUUGAUCCCUCCUCCAAGGCUCAUGGACACAAACGCGCCGCACGACGCGGGACUAUGUUCCCCGCCGAGCCUGAAAACGAGUCGAUGGCCAGCCGAAUCUAUUCAGCACGGAAUAAUCGCAACCAGUCUGCUGUAGCAAAAGUCCUUGGUCAUGAUAUGAUGGAAGAGAUCAAGCGGUCUGCGGGCACCUCAACCCGAGGACCCCGCGGUGAGGUCAACAUUGAAGUUCUUCUUAGAGGUGCUGAGAUCCUGUGCAAUGUUUAUCCCGUUACUGGAGCGCAGGAAAAGAUCUCCAGCCUCCGCUAUCGUCAUGAGCUUGUUACGGAGUCUAUAGCUCAGCUAGAAGACCGGGUCGCGACCAAUACAGCGGCACUGGAUCAAAUGAGGCACUCUUAUGAAGAUGACGAAGAUGACUUGGUGCCAGCGUCAACUGCGCAGCCGGAGACUCCAGAUAUCACUGAUGAGGAUAUCGAGCGAGAGAUGGCUGAAAUCCGAGACCUGGAACGCAGGAAGCGUACUCUGGAACAGCGAGUUGCAGGCAUGGAUCAAGACCUAGGAGGUCUGCUUGGUUGA